CGCUGGGCACAUCCGGGCUUCUCCUCGUCCGGCGGCCACCGCUGCCGCUGCCCUGAGCGCUCAGCCCGACUCCAUUAGCGCGUCCCCCCUUCCUGCCCGGCCCAGAGGCAGCGCCGAGCCCCAGCAGCGGCCGGGGACAUGUCCAACCAGGGGGCCCGGAGGAACGGGCCCGUCAAGCUGCGACUGACAGUACUAUGUGCAAAAAACUUGGUGAAAAAGGAUUUUUUCCGACUUCCUGAUCCAUUUGCUAAGGUGGUGGUCGACGGAUCUGGCCAAUGCCAUUCUACAGAUACUGUGAAGAAUACGCUUGAUCCAAAGUGGAAUCAGCAUUAUGACCUAUAUAUUGGGAAGUCAGAUUCAAUAACGAUCAGUGUAUGGAACCACAAGAAAAUCCAUAAAAAACAAGGAGCUGGUUUUCUGGGUUGUGUGAGACUUCUUUCAAAUGCAAUCAACCGCCUUAAAGACACUGGUUAUCAGAGGUUGGAUCUAUGCAAACUUGGGCCAAAUGACAAUGAUACAGUUAGAGGACAGAUAGUAGUAAGUCUUCAAUCCAGAGACCGAAUAGGCACAGGAGGACAAGUUGUGGAUUGCAGUCGUUUAUUUGACAAUGAUCUACCAGAUGGUUGGGAGGAGCGGAGAACUGCCUCUGGAAGGAUCCAGUAUUUAAAUCACAUUACACGGACAACUCAGUGGGAGCGACCAACACGACCAGCAUCUGAAUAUUCUAGCCCAGGCAGACCUCUGAGCUGCUUUGUGGAUGAGAACACACCAAUUACAGGAACAAAUGGUGCGACAUGUGGACAGUCAUCAGAUCCCAGAUUGGCAGAGAGAAGAGUCAGGUCUCAAAGGCAUAGGAAUUACAUGAGCAGAACACAUUUACAUACUCCUCCUGACCUGCCUGAGGGAUAUGAGCAAAGGACAACUCAGCAAGGUCAGGUCUAUUUCCUGCAUACUCAGACAGGUGUAAGCACAUGGCAUGACCCAAGAGUACCAAGGGAUCUUAGCAACAUCAAUUGUGAAGAGCUUGGUCCACUGCCUCCUGGAUGGGAGAUCCGUAAUACAGCAACAGGCAGAGUUUAUUUUGUCGACCAUAACAACAGAACGACACAGUUUACAGAUCCGCGGCUAUCUGCUAAUUUGCACUUAGUUUUAAAGGGCGUGGCCACUGUGAUGUCAUGGGGGGGCAGGUGCCGUCCCAUGGAAGAGAUCUGCCACCCCAGCCGUCAGAACCAGCUUAAAGAUCAUCAGCAGCAACAGCAGGUAGUAUCAUUGUGCCAGCUUCCAGAUGAGGCAGAAUGUCUGACUGUGCCAAGGUAUAAGCGAGACCUAGUGCAGAAACUCAAGAUUCUGAGGCAAGAAUUGUCGCAGCACCAACCCCAAGCUGGCCACUGUCGUAUUGAAGUCUCCAGGGAAGAGAUUUUUGAGGAGUCUUACAGGCAAGUCAUGAAGAUGAGGCCAAAGGACCUGUGGAAGCGAUUAAUGAUAAAAUUUCGUGGAGAAGAAGGCCUUGAUUAUGGAGGGGUUGCCAGGGAAUGGCUUUACCUGUUGUCUCAUGAAAUGUUGAAUCCAUAUUAUGGCCUCUUCCAGUAUUCACGAGAUGAUAUCUAUACGCUGCAAAUCAACCCAGACUCUGCAGUUAACCCGGAACACUUAUCAUAUUUCCAUUUUGUUGGACGGAUUAUGGGGAUGGCUGUGUUUCAUGGACAUUAUAUUGAUGGGGGCUUCACAUUGCCUUUCUAUAAGCAAUUGCUAGGAAAGCCAAUUACUCUCGAUGACAUGGAAUUGGUUGACCCAGAUCUUCAUAACAGUUUAGUCUGGAUACUAGAGAAUGAUAUUACAGGUGUCUUGGACCAUACGUUCUGUGUGGAACACAAUGCAUAUGGGGAAAUUAUUCAACAUGAACUGAAACCCAAUGGCAAAAGCAUCCCUGUCACAGAGGAAAAUAAAAAAGAAUAUGUCAGGCUUUAUGUAAACUGGCGGUUUUUACGAGGAAUUGAAGCUCAGUUUCUAGCACUGCAGAAGGGAUUUAAUGAAGUAAUCCCACAACAUCUGCUGAAGACAUUUGAUGAGAAGGAGCUAGAGCUCAUCAUUUGUGGACUUGGAAAGAUUGAUGUUAAUGACUGGAAGGCAAAUACUAGGUUAAAACACUGUACUCCAGACAGCAACAUUGUGAAAUGGUUCUGGAAAGCUGUGGAGCUCUUUGAUGAAGAGAGGAGAGCACGAUUGCUCCAGUUUGUGACCGGCUCAUCCAGAGUGCCUCUUCAGGGUUUUAAAGCAUUACAAGGUGCUGCGGGGCCCAGGCUAUUUACAAUACACCAGAUUGAUGCCAGCACUAAUAACUUGCCGAAAGCUCAUACCUGCUUUAAUCGAAUAGACAUUCCUCCCUAUGAAAGCUAUGAUAAGCUGUAUGAGAAGCUGCUAACCGCCAUUGAAGAAACAUGUGGAUUUGCUGUGGAAUGACCCUUUGCAGACUUACCUGAUACUCUAUUUAUACUCCUGUCAGCCAGAAAGCCCGCCCCUCAGCCAAGACUCAAGAAAUGCUUGAAAUACAGGAAUGCUUUUCCUCUUUUACUCAAGAACACUGUGAGGAAAAGGACAAUUUUGGAUUUUUUUUUCUUCAAGAAAAUAGGUCCUGUGGCUCUUGCCACGGAACCAUUCAGCUGCUAUUAAAAACUAAUAUCUUGACCAUACAGAAUGCUGACUUUUGCUACAUUUUGACAGUUAAGCAGUAUUCUACACUUAAAGACUACUACUAUUUUUGUAAAAGGUAAUCUGUUCUAUUUGCCUACCUGAUUUCUAUUCUCACAGACAAGAAGACACAACUUCAGCAGUCGGUACAAAUCACGUUUCAGCUUGAGUAAACAUAAUGAACAGCAUCUAUACCUGCUAUUUUAAAAAAAACAAAACUUUUUUUUGGAUUAUUCUAACUUUGCAUAAAAUUGGCUAAAAGAAUCAUUAACCUUUUUAAUUGCAGCCACUUACAUGUUAACUGCGUUUUCUUAUAGUGAAAUAUUAUAUUCUGCAUUAUAUGUUCAACUUAAAUGUUACCCAGAAUUGGGCUUUUUAUAUUUUUCAAGCGUGAAUUAGACAUGAAGUUCUGUGUCCUGUUUCUAUCAGUUGUCAGAUUCCUAGUCUGAGUGAAAUACUGCAUUUGGUACAGUACUUUGUGUUAAAUGUGGAAUAAUCCUUUUUUAAAAAGCAUUAGUCAUUUCAGUUUUUUUAAACAAGCAUUUUUGUAACAAGUUGAUAUUGUCAAGAGUAUUUUUGGUUUGCUUUCAAUUUAAAACAAAUGCUACAUUUUAAAAAAAAAUUCUUAAAGCAUGGUGAUGAGGUGAUGUUGACAGCCUUCUGCCUGGUCAUCAGUUGGUUUCAGAACCCACUGUAUCUAUCUAAUCAACCAAAACUUUUUAUGUUCAAAUGCAGCCAAUUCACAUUGUGUACUUCUUGAUGCUUAAAGACUUAUCGGGUAAACCACCUUUAAUCUUUGUUUGGCUGCUCAUGUCUUGUGGGUUUGCACAAAUUACAAAUAAGGAAAAGUAACUAACUCAAAUUGCAAAAGCUCUUCUGUCAACAAACACGCACCACGUGAUGUGCUUUGAAAAUGAGGUGGGUAAAGCACAACAUUGUCACUGGUUGUAGGGAUGAGAGUAAAUAUAUGUAAGAGUUAAAAUGUGGGUUGGACAGUUCAAAUGGGAACAUAAUGCACUACCAGUGGGGGGAAUCCUGGGCUGUUUAAAUGAGCGUCUUACUGUGAGGUCAGCGUGCUGUCUUUUUGGGGUAUGGAGAAGGUAGGCUACUCACUGCACGUUUUUUAUAGCAGCAUUCUUCUGCAUGAUCCAUAAUAUACAACUGGCAUUUUGCCUGCCCUCUGGCACAGAAAUGAGGGCAGCAACAUUUGGAGGUAAUUUCCAAUUUUUCUAAUCAGCGUUGGGUUGUGGUUUUUUUUUUAACUUGGAUCAUAAUUAAUCAUCAGAAAUCUGCACUAUUUUUACAUUGAUAAGAAACAAGAAUCUUGAACUUACUAACACAAUGGGAUGUAAACAAUUAUUUCCUUUCACAGCAUAAGUUAUAUAAUGAACUAGUGAUUUUUUUUAUCUUGUCUAUUCUAUGUAGUUUGUGAAUGUCAACAUAUAAAUUCAUUCUGCCAAAUCUGACUGCUACAGCACGUAGGCUAAUAAUGGACUGUGUUCAUUGGAAUGACUGUUAAUAGCCUAAUAGUAUGUCUAUUUGAGAGCAGUCGUAAUGAGAUGAUACCAUCAUUGGUAGUGCAAAUCCACAUUUUCACUUAUUUUCUUCAGUAGUAUGAUUGCUAGAUGCUGCUUGUUCUAACAAACGUACCAAUCUGGGCUUGUGCAUGGUGGAGAGGUUAGUUGCUUGUUGAUGCACACUGGAAGCAGCCAAGAGAUCUGCUUUGGCAGCUGGGCUUGCAGUCUGCCAGACCUUUUUCCUCAUUUGGAGGGCUUGCAGCUCUGUGCUGAGCUCAGUCACAUUGAGUGGUAACACUGCCUCUGAGACCUUCCCAAACUCUGAGGGUCAUGAGAUGGAUUGUUCUCUAGAGACAGAGUUCGUUUGUCACUUCCCAGGCUGGAAAAUUCAUUAGUGACUCGCAAGGCCUUGGUGUGCAAGGCUGCUGAGAUGGUCUCACUACAUUCUUCAUCCAAAAGGAAUGGCCUAUUGACAGCACCACUCUCUGGGGGAGGUGGCUGUUUCUGUUCUGUUCCUGCCCAAGGUAUGGUUGGGAUUUUUCCUACAGACAAGUCUCGUCCCAUGUGACUCCCCUGAUCCUGCAAGCAGCUCUUCCCUGUGGUGUAUGAAUAGAACAAGGCCUCAUCCAAGUGACUCCUUGGGGGGAGGGGCAAUGCAGAUCUGUUACACUAGAGGACCCAGCCCAGGGAUACUGAGCACAAAUACCGUAUCCCCAGGUUUGACUGCUGCAGCUCAGUGCCUCUUCUGAGCUGCCACUGUACAAGGUCUCUUGAUGGCAUCUGGCCUCUGCUGUUUCAGGUAUGCAUCUCCCUCCCUACUGUAGUCUACUCCCUGCACUAAACAGCCAGAACACGCAGCUGUAGCUGGCCCCUAUCCUAACCUCCUAUAGGUUUGAGAUGUUGAGUCCAAUGUAAGGGUUUAUUAGAAUUUGCAAACAAAAUUAAAAAAACCCUAAUCCAGUGUUUGAAGUUUCACAGCAGCUUUAGCUGUAGGUAAAUUGCUUUCCUGCUAGGCAUUUUGGUGUUGUGUAAUCCCUCUAGUACCACCAGUUUAAUGUUGUAAAAUCUAACUUAAAAUAUUAUGGACAUGGAUAGACAAAAUUAAUAUUUCUACAUAUUUGAUCAGUUAUGAGGAAUACAUCAAGUAUUUGGAGUGCCUUUUUACCUUCAUAACUAAGAGCUUUAAAUAAAACACCCCAGCUGGCCAGAAGUUUUCUAAUACAUUUUGCAGAAGUAUUGACCCAUGAAAGUUUAGUUCCAAAAUUAUGUCAGCCGCUUUCCCUCAAACAGGUGCUAAGCCCUAUGUUGCAUUGAACCUUGGACUUUCACCCCAUGAUCAAUGUGAAUAUUUAUUUCAGCUUGUCCUUACUGGGUUUUACUUUAUCCAUUCUUUAGUUGCAUAAAGUUGUUUUAGAGAAAUGCUGCAUCAUGUUUUCAUGCUGUUGCUUUUUGUUACGAAUGUUUAAUUAUGAACAGUGACUAUUUUAUAGAUUUCAAAUAUACAGUGCAUAGCUGAAUUUCAGAGGAUUUAAUUUCUCACUGUAAAGAGUUUUGUGAUGGUGCUUUGUACAGUAUGUAUUCUAAUUUUUUUGCACAUAGAUUCAGCUUCCCUAAACUGAUUUAUUUUUACCAUUUUUUGUUGUAUACUAGAGUCCAGAGCACACAAGUUUUCCUUUUGUAUUUUUGUUCUACAGCACGACAUCUGUAUUAAACUUCUGGUGCGUUUAAACUGGCUGCAUUGAUGGAAGUAAAAGCUUUGCUUCUAUAUCAUAAGUAUGCAUUAUACAGCUUAAUGUAGCAUGCUCACAUUGCUUCAGAUUUUAAACUGCACCAUAUAGUUAACAGGUGCCAUUUGUUGUAUUUAACACUAUAUAGUAGGUUUUUGACUCUGCCAUGUCCCAAGCUUUGUCUUUAGCUGUAAUUAGUUUAUACUCAAGUAUAAUUUUCCCUCCACAAACUGUUUUAUUUUCUCAUUUCUAUUAUAUUUAUUACAGAGUGUUUUUAGCAUUGAUAUUCAUUGUAUUGCCAUCCGUUACAUGAGCUUUAACAAAACAUCUGUAUAAAAUGGUUUUUAAAAACUUAAUGUACCCAUGCAGAAGUUGAGCAAUAAAUUGUAUGCUGUUUGCACUGUCA